CUGCGUAAAUGAUCUCGUGAAGCAUGCGAGAGUCAAUUGUGCGGGGAAGAAGCCACGCAGCGUGUACCAGAGGCUUCCCACUCUGCGCCAGAAGUCCGAGAUGGCAAAGAAGAACGGUAAUGACAAGACUGCGUAUAUCCUCUUGAAGAGAUGGCUGGACACGGUCAAGUGGCUGAAGAAAACUCAGGAUUACAAGGACCGCAAGUCCAUCUAUUCCACCAACAUGACCGUCGAUCAGACUUGAGGCAAAAGUUAGAGAUACGCUAUGAGCAUAGUUCCAAGAAGCACAACGAUGCGGUGGAGAAAAUGGAGGUGGACAGGUAUUUGAUCAUCGACGUCAGGCAGAAGGCUCAUUAUGACGGUUCCAAAAUUACGUUCGACAAGUGCAUCAACAUUCCACAAUCGGAAAUUAAACCGGGAGAGCUGGGCUACAAGUUCGCGAACUGCUUUCACAAGGACAAGCAGUCAUUCGAUUUAUUUAAGCAUCGGUCGGCGCAGCACGUGGACAUAAUAAUUCUGGUGGACUGGAACACUACGCAGGAAACUUUGACGACCAGCACUUAUCUGAACAUACUGAAGGACAUUUUCGAGAAAUGUGAUGCUGGCACAAAGCAUAAGAAGAUCAAGAUUUUCAACGGAAGCUACCAAGAGUGGCUGAUGACGUAUCCGACGUUUACAACGAAUUCCAAUAUGGCUGUGCCCGAGUUCAACGAUGUCGCGAACGCGCAACAAUUUGAGAACCCGGACGCGCCAUGCGGACCCACCCGCCACCCUGACGCGGAAAAUUGUUUUUAUUUUUUGCUUAUUGGCUUUUAUUAUAUUUGUGUGUAUUGUAUCUGUGCUUACUGGCUUUGUUACACUUGCGUACAUUUUUAUCUUAUUUCUGUUAUUACUUGUUAAUAAUAAUAUGUAUUGUAAUUUUGUUCCGCGGGGCGCUGACCCGCGGGCUCCCUACCCUUCCUUCCGCGGGGCGUUAACCCGCGAGCUCCCUUCCCUUCCCCCCACGUGGGUGCUGACCCGCGGGCUCCCAUCCUCUCCCCCCGCGUGGGUGCUGACCCGCGGGCUCCCUUCCCCUCCCCCCGCGUGGGUGCUGACCCGCGGGCUCCCAUCCCCUCCCCCGCGUGGGUGCUGACCCGCGGGCUCCCUUCCCCCCCUCCGCGGCGGUGUUGGCCCGCGGUCUCCCUUCCCCUCCCUCGCGGCGGUGCUGACCCGCGGGCUUCCUACUCUUCCUCCCGCGGGGCGCUGACCCGCGGGCCACCUACCCUUCCGUAGGGCGCUCCCUGUGGGUACUCCUACCCUUCCAUCCUCGGGCGCGGUUUUAGUUUCACCGACUUGGCAGCAUGACCCACCUGUGGGGCAUUCUGCCCGGUCUCGACAGGGAUGCACGGCAUUUUUAUUGGACGAGCGCAGUCCGGUUGGGGGGGGGGGAGGUGGCCGAACCUCCUGGGGGCAGGGGCCCACAGGGGGACGUAGGUCGUACAAAAUCACCCUUUUUAGCCGGGAGUGUGGAAGCGGCAGAGAGUCCUGACGAAAUGCGCCUUUUAGUUCCAGGACUCUUUGUGAGCGGUUUGGUUGGUGGGAUAAAAAAAAAUUUACUUUUCUUAGGGUGAAUUCACACCUUGGCAGAAUAGCAGAAACCAAUCAGAACUCGCGCGGAUAGUCGACAGUUGGCGGAAAGAUAGAAGCAGAAAAGCAGAAUGUACUGUCGACUAGAGUCCUAGAUAUAAGAGAAGCGACAUUGAGGGAAUAUCGUCUGAUUGGCCAGGUAAAUCACGUGUUGAGCGCCAUUUUGUUUGCUACUAUGGUGCAAUAAAAUAAGGUCAGAUGACUACUUUUAAAGCAAUUAUGUGUACAGGCAAGCAGUUUUAAUUGCGAUGUAAGUACUUUUAUGUACAUAUUUAUUACAUAUAAAUCAAAUCCUACAUAUUGAAAGCAAUAUUAAACUGUUUUAUAUGACU